UUGGCUGUAGUUUCGGCUCGGCGGGUAACGGCCCGGGGCCGCCAGGCGCGUGGCUGUCUGAAGCAAUGGCCUCGAGUGGCUCCGAGGAAGGGGCGGCCGAGGUAGAACCGGGCUCGGGUCAGAGCUCCCGCUCAUGGCCUGCCGGGCCCUCGUCCGGCGCUGGGCCGAGCCGGCGGCCGCUUCUUUCCAACCAGGGCGAAGAAGAGGCGGAGGCCGACCCAUUGCCAGCCCAGUACCCGUCCCACCUGGGGGCCGUGCCAGGGCGAGACAAGGUGGCCCUGUACUGCGACAGGCUGCUGCGGGGCUGCAAGGCAGAAGAUGCCAAUGAAGCAAUGAGUAAAUAUCUUCUGGAGAAACUGAAGAUGAAAGAAAAAUGGCUUGGAGUCUGGAAGACCAAUCCAGAGCUUUUCUUCAUCAAUUCUGAAAAUGUCCUUAUACCUUUUGUUGGAAUACUUGUUGAAGUUUCUUGCAAACCAUCUCAGAGCACCUCAUCUCACUUGAAAGCUUCUAUAUCUGUUGCUGAACCAUUUUCCUCUAAUAUUGCAAAUAUUCCAAGAGAGCUUGUUGAUAAUGUUUUGGAGGAACUGGACCAUUCUGUACCUCUGCUGGAAAUCUACCCUGUCGAGGGGCAGGAUAUGGUAGUAUUUGAUAUUGCCCAGGCUUUGGACGUUGUGAGGUUUUUCUAUGACUUCCUUUGGAGGGACUGGGAUGAAGAUGAAAGUUGUGAGACCUAUGCGGCACUGGUAGAAGAGAGAAUUAAACUUUGGUGUGAUAUUGAGAAUGGAACUAUUCCUGUUCCAAUUGGUCAACGUUUUAGAAAAAAUCUGGAGAAGUAUAAAAACAUGCAUUUGGAAUUGAUUCAGUACCAAAGUAAUAUUAAAGAAGAACCUACAGCAGAAGAAGCUGUUGAAUGUUAAAAAUACUAUGAACUAGUAAUGCUAUGUGGAUUGCUGAAAAUAUGGGAGGACCUUCGCCUCAGAGCUCAUGGACCUCUGACCCCAAGGAUACUGAGGCGUAGGAGAGGACACAGAGAUGAUGGGAAAGCUGUAACUCAUAUUGUAGCUAAAACAAUGACAGCAGAAAUGGUUAAGGAUUUUUCUGUUGACACACUGCUUCAACAACAUGAUAAUUUAAACAUGGCUUUGGAUAGCUGUUACAGUGGCGAUAAAGUGGUCAUUUUCCCGGGAGAAUAUAAGGCUCUAAACCUCUCCAUGUUAACUGAGGAUAUUAUUAUUCAAGGAGCUGGGAAGCCAGAAGAAAUUGUGAUCGUUUCAGAGCCUACUCAUGAGAGUUUUGUGGUAUCCAAAGCCCAAAAUGUGAAACUAAUGCACCUCACUUUAGUACAACAGGGGACUGUUGAUGGUAUUGUGGUGGUUGAAUCUGGUCAUAUGACUUUUGUAAACUGUAUAUUGAAAUGUGAAGGAACUGGAGUCUGUGUGCUUACUGGAGCUUCUCUGACUAUUACAAACAGUGAGAUUACUGGAGCUCAGGGUGCUGGUGUUGAGCUGCACCCAGGAAGCACAGCCAUUUUGGAGGGUAACAAAAUUCACCACUGCAAUAACUUCAAAACCAGUGAGAGUUCACAGGGUGCCCUAGGUGGAAUUAACAUUAAGGUUGUUCCUGUCCCUAAACUGAAGAUGAAAAAUAAUCACAUUUAUAGUAACAAUGGUUAUGGAGUGACCAUCCUUCAGCCUACGGACCAACUCUCUACUACAGGAGGGAUACUAGAAUUUACUGCAUCAGGAGAUGCAGAGGAAGAUAUCCUUUCCAAACUAAUGCAUGAAUUGAGCCUAGAGAUGAGUAGUAACACACUAGAUGAUAUCAAGGGUCUGAGCAUAGUUAAUAGUUAAACAUGCAUUUGAUGUAUGUUUUGGUAUAUAAAAAUUGUUUGAUUAAAGCAACAGUACUCCAAGUUGAA